GUCGUCGUGAUAACGAUUGAUAGCGCGUUCUUCCAACAUCUCUUAUUAAAAGCGGAGUGUAAAGGUCGAGCGGCUGCCGGCUGACGCCGAGCGACGUCCAAGGACACCGCAGUCGCUAUCAGCCUGCGCAUGCAGUAGGUAGCGUGAUGGCGCACGGCAGCAGCUGGGAGGAGUUCUUCGCGCUGCACCUGCCGCCGACGGACUUCGAGGACAACCGGUCGCUGCUGAAGGAGUUCUGCUCGCGGCACGCGCGGCAGGGCACGCGCAUCGCGCUGGUGACGUCGGGCGGGACCACGGUGCCGCUGGAGCACAACACGGUGCGCUUCGUCGACAACUUCAGCGCAGGCACGCGCGGCGCCGCCUCCGCCGAGUACUUCCUCGAGCAUGGCUACGCGGUCAUCUUCAUGCACAGGCACAAGAGCCUGGAGCCGUUCACUCGGCGCUUCAGCGCGCUGAAGCUGCUGGACAUGCUGGAGCUGACGGAGCGCGGGCCCAGCACGUCGAUCGCGGUGCGCGCGGACUCGGUGGACGUGCUGGCGCCGGUGCUGGCGCGCCACCAGGCGGCGCGCGCGGCGGGCGCGCUGCUGGCCGUGCACUUCACCACCGUCUCCGACUACUUCUGGCUGCUGCGCGCCGCCGCCGAGUGCCUGGCGCCGCUCGGGCCCCGGGCGCUGCUCUACCUCGCCGCCGCCGUCUCCGACUUCUACAUCCCGAAGGAGGUCAUGCCGACGCACAAGAUGCAGUCGGACGGCAGCGCGCCGGUGAUCCAGCUGCAGCUGGUGCCGAAGAUGCUGGCGCCGCUGGUGUCGCUGUGGGUGCCGCGCGCCUUCGUCGUCUCCUUCAAGCUGGAGACCGACGAGGCGCUGCUCGUGCCCAAGGCCAAGGCCGCGCUCGACAAGUACAAGCACAAGAUCGUGGUGGCCAACCUGCUGCAGACGCGGCAGACGCGCGUGCUGCUCGUCACCAAGAGCGACACGCAGGAGAUCGUGCUCAGCCGCAGCGACCUGCUCGCCGGCGCGGACAUCGAGAUGGCGAUAGUGGGCGCGAUCGUGGCGGCGCACGAGGAGCACCUGGAGGGGGGCGGGGUCGGGGGCGGGGGCGGGAGCGGUGGCGGGGUGGUGUCGGGAGCGGUGGCCGCGGCGGGAGCGGUGCGCUGA